AGACUUGAAUGUGCAUGACAAAUCUUGUUCACGAUGAGAGGUAUAUUUCUGAUGAUAAUCAUUCACUGCGUUUCUGAAGGUUCGUUAGGAGAGUUUACAACAACGCAUGUCAAAAUCAUCCAUAAUGCUGUUCUUGGUCCUUCUUACAACAAAUAUGUGAGACCCUCUGACGUCACAAACAUCAACAUUAAAUUAGUUCUUUUCUCUCUCAAUGAUCUGGACAUGAAAAAACAAACAAUGUUUACCUCCGGUUGGAUGACAACAUGGGAAGAUCCUCGCCUGGUAUGGUCAAAAGCUUCAAACGGCGAUAUAGAAUACAUAUACACUAAAAAGGACAAUAUAUGGCGACCAGAACUUAUCAUUGACAACUCAGUUGGAGGCAUGGACCCAAUCGGUAAUGACGAAAUAUUCUUCAGAGUAAGGAAUACUGGCGAGGUACACUGGGACCCUCCAGGACUUUUUAUUACGCAUUGUGAUAUUGACAUUGCGUACUUUCCAUUCGACUAUCAAGUGUGUAAGAUAGAAGUCUCUAGUUCUGCCUUCACAACAGAGGUACUGACUUUAAACAAAAGCCAUGACAAGGUCAAUACAGAGAAUUUCCACGAAAACGGGGAGUGGAUCUUAUACUCAUCACGAGUAGAGGAGAGCAUUUUAGAAGAACAUGGUGAGAAAUUUUCCAAACUGGAGUUCCAGAUUGUUUUCCAGCGGCGCCCAGGGUAUUACCUGACCAACAUUGUUUACCCUGUGAUACUGAUUUCUCUGCUGACAAACCUAAGUUUCCUCUUACCAACGGACUCCGGAGAGAAGAUUUCCUACACGUUGACAGUUUUACUAGCUUUGGUGGUGAUGCUAAUGAUGGUGGGGGACAACAUGCCCACAGCCUCAAAACAUACUCCUAUCAUAGGAAUUUACAUAUCUAUAAUACUGAUGAUGGCCGCCCUAGGUAUAUUCAUCACAGUUUUAAACCUCCAUCUCUGUCUCAAAACUGACCAAUCAAACGUACCAAAAUGGCUUCAACAUUUCACAUUCAGCGUGCUCCUCAAAAUUAACUGCAAAAGCAAGAAGGUGGAAGACACAAAGUUACACCAACUUGACACCACAGAAAACAAAACGGAAUUACCAGAAACCAAUGAAGGAAGAAAAUCAAUGAAGCGUAUGCUGAGAUACCGGUAUGGCUCACAAACUCCUGCAGUCCAGACAGAGUUAGAAUUUCCAUUCGAGUGUAAAGAAGUGUCUGUUUUUCUGGACUUUUUCUUCUUUUGUCUGUUUAAUAUCAUGAACUUCAUUGUAACAAAGGUUUUGUUAAUUAUCAUAGCUGUAUGUGAUGUUCCUCCAGUCUGAAGGCAAAUCUUAUCAAUUUCUU